AUGAUACUGAAUACAUCUAGUUCAUAUGUUUAUAAUUCUGCAUCUUCAAAUCCAUCUGAAUCAUGUACUAUGAUUAUUGGUCCAGCUGAAAAAGAUCUCGUUACUGAACACAAUUAUCCAGCUUUUACGAUGCGUACUUUUAUUGAUAAUUGUAUUAAUCAAUCGUUAGGUAAUGUAACAUAUGGUGGUGUUACUUUUCAAGGUCGUAUUGAUUGUUGUUCGACUUCUCUUUGUAACAUACAUCCUUUGUAUAUAAAUUUAACAUUUUCAACAAUAAUACCAAAACAUUUUUAUCCUACUUCAAAAUUUUUUUAA